ACAAACAUUGAACUGUCAAAAUUUGAGCCAUCCCUUACCCAUUUCGUACUUCGUCCAAUAAAACAGUAAGAUGUCGUUUGACUCGAUCCCGAAGGAUCUCCGCGGGCUGCGAGCUUGUUUGGUUUGUUCUCUGGUGAAGACAUUCGAUCAAUUCGAGUACGAUGGCUGCGAGAACUGUGAAGACUUCCUGCGGAUGAAAAGCAAUAAGGAUCAGGUGUACGAUUGCACGAGCAACAAUUUCGAUGGGUUAAUCGCCGUUAUGAGUCCGGACGACAGUUGGGUGUGCAAGUGGCAGAGAAUAAAUCGUUUCACCAAGGGUAUUUACGCUAUAUCUGUUUCCGGACGACUGCCAAAUGGAAUCAUUCGUGAAAUGAAGAACAGAGGUAUUCCUUACCGACCAAGAGACACAAGUCAGCGAUAAAUGGAAUAUGCAAGUAGCUUCAUAAAACCCAAUAAAUUGACAAUAUUUCUAUAAAACUGAAA